AAUCACCGCUCCUUUGAAAUGGUCCCAAGGACCUAUGGCGAUUGGCUCUCCCCUGCACUUCAAAAGACUCGUCAGGUAUAUGAAAGCCACCGCUGGCCGUCAGAGGAGCGGGGAAGUUCGCACGAGUGCAAAUAACAUAUCUGGGUGCGGAAGAGAGAAAGUGUGAAACGACGAGCUUUAAGUGCGGAUUUCACAAACGGGAUUACCCUGCUGCGUUUGUUAAGCCUGAUCUCCUGUAACGUGCGCUUCUCCCGGCGCGUCGCCGCUCAGAUGACCGCGCUGUCCGCGCCCGCCGAGCGCAGCUCCGCGCGCACACAUGGCUUCGCUUACUUUGUCCACUACUGAUCAUUUUCUGCACUCAUUUUUACAGGACCGCACACCCAGCUCAUCCCCAGACGGUGGAUCCCACUCCAUUUCCUUCUUGGCCUCGACACGGGGUCAGGCGUGGCAGGCCAGCAGCAGCGUGGGGCUGGAGGGACCCCGGGUUUCCUAUGAAGGGGGGGCUGGCUCGACACCUGGGAUGUUCCAGCUGUGGAGUAAUGAGGUGGCAACGAGCCCAGGCCUGGGCAGCCACCAGAUGACACUGACCGUGCCGAAGUUUCCAGGGCAAGUACAGUCCGGCCUGGGAGCUCACUCCCACCACCACCACCACCACCACGAACUGCCCCUCACCCCUCCUGCUGAGACCCCGGCCUCCUACCCCUUUGACCUCUCCCCCGUCAAAGUCCUGUCUUCUCAAGUGCAGCCUAACAGCUCCUACUACCACCAGCACAGCAGCGUCGGCCAGAAUUUCCCCAGUCUACUCCAAAGCUCCUCCAACAGGCACCACCUUCCAGGAAGCCACAUGGAGGAGAGGCCGCAGUGGUGGAGCAUUCCCCAGACCAAUGGCAGUCCAGCCAGUCACCCCUUUGCCCUGGGAAGGCAGCUGGUCCUGGGCCACCAGCCCCAGAUUGCAGCCCUCCUUCAGGGCAGCCCCAAGGGACUCCUGAGUUCCACGCGCCGCUGCCGGAGAUGUAAGUGCCCCAACUGCCAGGCGUCCAACAGCGGGCUGGCCAGCCAGACCCCUGAGGAGCUGGGCAGGAAGAGACUGCACGUGUGCCACAUCCCUGAAUGCGGCAAGGUCUACAAAAAGACAUCGCACCUGAAGGCCCACCUGCGAUGGCACGCCGGCGAGCGCCCCUUCAUCUGCAACUGGCUCUUCUGCGGCAAGAGCUUCACGCGCUCGGACGAGCUGCAGCGUCACCUGCGCACGCACACUGGCGAGAAGCGCUUUGGCUGCCCGCAGUGCGGCAAGCGCUUCAUGAGGAGCGACCACCUGGCCAAGCACGUCAAGACCCACCAGAACAGGAGGGGCAGGGGGGCCGGCGCUCACGCCCCCGGCCAGCAGCACACGGCGGGGGCCCUGCUCAGGCACAUCAAGAAGGAGUGAGGGAGCAGGGGCCGGAUCAGGGGGCCACAACGCGGGGGCCGUUUCACACCAGACGCGUCAGUGUGCAGAAAUCCAGCCCCGUGUGUAGCUCCCCUUCACUUUACUGUACGCCCACAGCGUAGUUCAUUUUCUUUCGACAAUCUUUAAAUACGCACUUUCACGCAGAUGGGGGAAAUGGUGUGGCGAUGAAAACAUUUUCAUCAGAUUGUAUAAACGUGGCAUAAUCUGUAACACAAGAAAUACUGAAUUAUCGUGGGGAGGCUAUGUUAUUUAUAAAAGUAUAGGACUGGCAUCCGGUCUGGGACGAUCUCUGCCUUGAACUCUAUUCUGCGGGGGAUAAACUCCAGGCUCCCCUGUAACCCUGCCCAAGAUAAGUAGCUGGAAGGUAGACGGAUGUUACUUAAGCUGAUAGUGAUUCGGAGAAAUCAACAGCAAACUGCGGUAAGGUGAAUCUGACAUCAGAGAAACAUUUCCAUGCGUUUUACGCGGCUUCUUGAUUAACAGCCGUUCACCGGGAGCUUCACUCAGUGCAGCAGCCUUGUCUUCCCUCUUCCCUAAUAUUUUGCAUAUUUCCACAUGUGUUUAAGUCAAAAAAGGCAGGUACCAUUCAAACAAAUCGCAAAGCAAUUUACCUGUAUUUUGCCAAACCAAAAACAAAUUUACUUCAAAAGUCCUGCACCAUUCAAUACGCAUUGAUCGAAGAUACAAAAUGAUAAAUUAAAUACAUGGUUUCCCUGUCGCCCUAAGAACGUACGUUUUUUUGUUAAAUAUUUUUGUUAAAGAAGAACCCCAGUCAGUUUCCAGAAACCAAAUUUUUCUUUAUCAGAGAAUUAUUGUGAAAAUAAGGGUUUUCAGCAAGUCGUUUUGUCCCCGCGGCCAUCGUUAGCUUCCGGUCUCCUUACUGUUGUACCUCGCUGUCAGUCUACAUAUGAGUAUGUAACCAUGUAUUAUGAAAAGGCAUGUAAAAAUGUUCCUUUAAUGCAAAUAAAAAAAUAGAUGGUGUGGUCUUCCGCUGUGUUCCUAUGA